CAUCGUUCGUACCAAUCGUAUCCCCCCACCUUUUCGGCAACUUCAUGACUCGAAUCACCAACGGAGCUUUACUCUUUCUCUUGUUCCUUGCCGUAAUCGGCCUGGCUUCCGGUGGCCGGGACUUUCCCGGUGAUUUUCUCCGGUUGCCGUCAGAGGCAUUGAGAUUUUUUCGCGGAGGAGCCUCUGACGCUAGUGAUGAGGACGCCGUGGGGACGAGAUGGGCUGUCUUGAUCGCCGGUUCGAAUGGAUACUGGAAUUACAGGCACCAGGCUGAUAUCUGCCAUGCUUAUCAAUUGUUACGGAAAAAUGGGCUAAAAGAUGAGAACAUCAUCGUUUUCAUGUACGAUGACAUUGCCUUCGAUCCAGAGAACCCAAGACCUGGGGUCAUCAUCAACCAUCCUCAGGGAUCUGAUGUUUAUCAUGGAGUCCCGAAGGAUUACACUGGUGAGGAUGUUAAUGUGAACAACUUUUUUGCUGCCAUUCUUGGAAACAGAACAGCUCUUUCGGGGGGCAGCGGUAAGGUUGUUGACAGUGGUCCUGAUGAUCAUAUUUUCAUAUACUACAGCGAUCAUGGUGGCCCUGGUGUGCUUGGGAUGCCUACUUAUCCCUAUAUUUUUGCUGACGAUCUUAAUGAAGUUUUAAGAAAGAAGCAUGCUUCUGGAUCCUACAAAAGUCUGGUAUUCUAUCUCGAAGCUUGUGAAUCAGGAAGUAUCUUUGAAGGCCUUCUUGACAAAGGUUUGAACAUUUAUACAACCACCGCAUCAAAUGCUUAUGAGAGCAGUUGGGGUACUUACUGUCCAGGGGAUGAUCCUAGUCCUCCACCAGAGUAUGAUACUUGCUUGGGUGACUUGUAUAGUGUUGCUUGGUUGGAAGACAGUGAUAAUCACAAUUUGAAGACAGAAACUUUGCGCCAGCAAUAUGAAUUGGUGAAGAAAAGGACGUUAAAUGAUGAUGAUGCGUUUGGUUCCCACGUCAUGCAAUAUGGUGAUCUAACGCUGAACAAGAACAUUUUGUUUUCAUUUCUGGGUACAGAUCCCGCUAAUGAGAACAACACUUUUGUUGAGGAGAACUCUUUGAGGCCAACCACAAAAGUUACCAAUCAGCGUGACGCUGAUCUGGUCCACUUUUGGGAAAAGUUUCGCAAAGCUCCAGAAGGUUCCAACAGGAAAAUCGAAGCUCAGAAGAAGUUUGUGGAAGCAAUGUCCCAUAGAGUUCAUAUUGAUAACAGUGUGAAGCUAAUUGGAAAGCUGUUAUUUGGAAUUGAAAAAGGUCCCGAGGUGCUUAAUGCCAUCCGUCCCGCAGGACGACCCCUUGUCGAUGAUUGGGAUUGUCUGAAGAAUAUGGUUAGGAGCUUUGAGGCACGGUGUGGAUCUCUCUCCCAGUACGGAAUGAAACACAUGAGGUCCUUUGCAAACCUAUGCAAUGCUGGAAUCAGCAAGGAGCAGAUGGCAGAGGCAUCGGCGCAAGCUUGCGUAAGCGUCCCCUCAGGCCCAUGGAGCUCUCUGCACAAGGGCUUCACCGCAUGAUGGUGAAGCCAAUCCACUCAUCCGAUUUGAAAGUACGUUUCUCCCACCAUUGUUUAUAUCAUCUAUGUUUAAAUGGAUCUGGGACGACAAGUUAUUUGUAAAUACAUCUGCAAACCGUCAUGUAAGAAAAGAAGGGCAAUAUAAUUGAACUAGGUAACUGAACAAGUAGUUUUACUUAUGGUCAUCAACAAUCACUGUCUUGUAUCUGUUUACUUAUGGUCAUCAACAAUCAUUGUCUUAUUGGCAAGAAUUAGCUAAAUUCCAAACAUAUGUAGAGUUAUGAUGUGCAUUA